GGUGGGAGUUAGUUCUGUUAUAGUAGGCCACGAGGCAGCACUCGCGUUCCUGGUUGCAUGCUCGCAACUCUCUCUUCACUAGAUUAAGGCCCCCCGAGUCGUUUGCGCCAACUGUGAAACCCUGUUUGAUCCGCGUCGUGACAACUGAAACUCGAGUUUCUCGUGGCUUGAUUGAUCGGAAUAGAUAAUCAAUCAUCUGUAGAAGGGAAACAUUGAAAACAAUUAAAAAGAACGUAGUCUGUCAUUAGCAACAGAUACGUUGUAAAACAACCCUUGAUAUCGAGUACGAAACGUAUAUUUGUUAUUGUACUGGACUUUGAAGUUGCUGACACUUUCAGGACUACAUUGAAAAUUAUCGAUAUCUUAAAAAUUGCCGUUGAAAAGUCCUGCCAUUGACAGAUGAUAUUUUGUUUGAAUUUUGUCAAAGGCGUCAAGCAUCCUGUGAUGCAUCUGAUAAGAGUUGAUAGAAGAUACAGCGGCAAAUGAAGAAAGUGGGAAAUCAGAAACAAGCAAUCAAAAUUGAUAACGGCCGAAGAGUUAUUUAAGGCUGUUCAAGAGUCUUAAGAGAAGAGUUUUGAACAGUGAUGAUUAUGACGUGACGGUGUAACGAAGUCGUGGUUGUGUCGUCAUCACGUUAAAGGACGAAUAAAUCAUUGUUAGUGAGAGCGAGCGUAAAAUACUGAAGGUAGUAAGUCAUUAAUGGUGAUUUCGCUUCUGUAUUUUUAUUGCGAGUUGUAAUAAAUCGGAAAUCAAGUGGAUGUUUGUUACAGUGCAGUGAAUCGCGGAGCACUUAGAAAACGUGAUCAAUGUACAAAUGAAUUAUUGAAUUCGAUGUCGGAUUUAAAGCUGGUAAAUAUUUUCACGGUGAACGUGGUGACAGCGUUGGUCGAGUCCUGCCGUGCUGACACAACAAUGUAUAGAGGUUAAUUUGGAAGCGGAAGAAAAAGUGAGAGACAAAGAAAAUUACCCAGGCAAAAUUCAAUCAUCCACAACCGUAAAUUAUGUCUUGUUGAAUGUUUGCGACAUUUCGCAAGUUUCAAGUGGACUCGAAGAUCGUGCAAUGAUUGGCAAGCUCCUUCUUGCACUCUGGAUACUAGGAUGGAUUGGCCGUGACGGUGGAGGUGUACUUUGGAUUGGAGGAGUGGCGGCUAGUGACUGGCCUACUGUUCUUGACGAGUCACUGGAUGAGAAGAAUGACGCCAUGAUCUUUAGAUCGGUUGUUGAGUCCAUGAGGGAAUGGGAAUUUCGGAAGCGGUAUCCACGGAGGGCUAAAAGGGAAGCAUCCAGAGUUUGUUAUGAGGAAGUUGGAUGCUUUGAAGAUACUGGUCCAUUUAGUUACCUUGAGAUGCUGCCAUCGCCUCCCAAGGACGUUGGUACCAGAUUCCUCGUCUAUGGUAGCAGGAAGGCCAGGUCCAUCCCGACGGAAGUACCUGCGGAAAACAUCAAUGACAAUGCCCAUCGUGUCAUCGAUCCGGAACUUCCUACCAAAGUCAUUGUACAUGGAUUUGGAUCAAGCUGUGAUCAUAUAUGGGUCUAUGAGAUGAGGUCUGCUCUGAUGUCUGUUCACGAGUGUAAUAUUGUCUGCGUCGACUGGGGUCCAGGAAGUGCUGUACCAAAUUACGUAAGAGCUGCAGCUAAUACACGCCUUGUAGGGCGGCAGUUGGCUAAGCUGGUACGCAGUCUUAAUGUACCUCUGGAGAAGGUGCAUCUCAUUGGAUUCAGUCUUGGUGCGCAUGUCGCUGGUUUCGCUGGAGCUGAGCUUGGCAACGUGUCCAGGAUUACCGGCUUGGACCCAGCUGGUCCAUUAUUCGAGUCACAAGAUCCACGUGCCAGGCUGGACGCUACCGAUGCAAAUUUUGUUGACGUUAUACACAGCAAUGGGGAACAAUUGAUUCUGGGAGGGUUAGGUUCCUGGCAACCUAUGGGUGACGUUGAUUUUUAUCCCAACGGUGGAAGAAUGCAAACGGGAUGUUCUAACCUCUUUCUUGGUGCAGUCUCGGAUAUUAUAUGGUCGAGUGCCGUUGAAGGAAGGUCACUCUGCAACCACAGAAGAGCUUACAAACUGUUUACUGAUUCUGUAAGCCCCAAAUGUCGGUUUCCGGCAUUUCCUUGUGAACACGGUUACGAUGGUCUUCUACGGGGUGACUGUUUCCCAUGUGGAGUAAGCGGCACUGGUAGACCAUGCGGCGAUAUGGGAUACUAUAGUGAUCAGUCAUCAGCUCGUGGACAAUUGUAUCUACUCACGAGAGACGAGGAACCAUUUUGUGCUCAUCAAUAUCAAAUUAAAGUGUACAACAGUCGGAGUGAAAGACCUGCUAGGAGUUAUGGGAAGUUACAGAUCACCCUUGUCGGUGAAGUUUCUUUCAACGAGACCUUCACCAUGACUAAGAAGGAUGAUGAGGAACUUCUAGUUGGCGCUAUUUUGCAGAAGAUCGUCGUACCGCAUCCUGCUGUUACCAACCUGCACGCUAUCGAAAUUAAAUACACAGCGUACAGUGGUUGGAUAUCAUCAGGAUUAGUGUCCUGGAGCAUCGACAAGGUCGUCAUCCUGGAUAGUUUUGGAAAAGGUUUAUCUAUAUGUAAGAAGGGCCUUAUACUUGAAUCCGGUCAACCUAUAUACUUGCCGUUGUAUCCUGGGGAGUGUAAUAUUCCGGUGGAAUCAUCAGACAGUACAACAGCAUCAACAAUAUUUGAGGCAACAGCUGGUACAACAACUGCUAAUAAUUCUAUAGGUACUACAACCUUUGACAGCAAUAUGGACAGCACCGCCAUUAUUGGAUUCACGACGACUGAGUUACCGGAUACAAGUUUUAAAGAAAAACUAGAUGUGGGCAUUGGUCCAUUUACAAAGGAACAAAAUUACGACAGAGACUUCUCUGUGGAGGUCCUCCCCAAGGAAACUAGUGGAGGUGGACAAGGUCUAGGUCCUUUCACGAGAGAUCAGAACAUUAGAGUCUUCUACGAGGGUGGUCGACCUUCAAAAGAAGAAAGUUCACGUGAGGAGUCAAAGGUCAAGAAGAAAAACAAUCGAGAGGAACUACGAGACAAGAAACCACGUAUUCCUUUGAAUCCUUGGUCAGUUCUCGACCUGGAAGAUAGUCAGACAAAUUCUUUGGAGAAUACGGAAGCGGAAAGCGGUCGUGGAUUUUCAGGGACCAAUGUAACGCCACGUGGAUUCUCAUACGGCGAGAAUUCAGAGGGUUCUGAGAAUUCUCGAAGAUUCGACUGGAGUACAGACUUUCCAAGAGAAAUUGAGGAGCCAGUGCUCAAGCUACCGAAAAAGGAAAGUGGAAGAUCCUUGAGACUUCCGGAAAUUACUGAACCAAUUCUGCAUCCAAGAUCAGCUAGGCAGAAUACAGGUUUUGGUGGUGUAGGUUUUAGAUCUAGCUCGGAGAAGUCUUUUGACCCUGCAGAAACAUCCUCCACCAGAGGAUUCACUGUUCAAUUUCUUCCGGAACGUCUGGCAGGUAUUCUGGCCCAGGCGGAAAGGUAUGCUAGGCAAACAUUACUUCCGCUAAUCUCACAGUAUACACCUAGCUUCAUUGGUGGACAAAGAAGUAAUUACGGACCUACGUACUUUCCACCUCUUGGUGACAUCGCUGACGAGACCCUAGAUGAAUCUUCUUCAGUAUCCAAAGUUAGUUCUGAGAAUCAGUGGAUCACUACGACGACCAGUACCACAACUCCCAGUUCGGUUACUCAUCAGGAACGAAGUAGCCGCCCAUUAGAAAAUGCUUCGCGCGAAAGUUCAGAAGUGAAAAAUAGACAAGAGACAGAAUGGCUCCCAGUGCAAAGUACUGAAACAAAGUCAAAUUUAGCCUCCAGUACUGAGAAUAGUGAAGAGGUAAAAAUAAAUAACAGAAAUGCUACUUCUCAUUAUACAGAAACAGAAAAUGGACGCAAUAAAUUACAAUCGAAGGACGAGGACAUUCGCUCGACAGAUGGCACCAGUGACGAAUGGUCAGCAUCACCACGAACAGAAAGCAGACAGGAUCCAGCAUCUGAAACUAAACUAAACGAUUGGCUUCCUAUAAUAAAUGGACAAAAGUUUCUUACCAAAGAUGCGCAGCCAAUUCCAAAUACAACAGAACCUGAAUUCUCUUUAAGUUCGAAUACAACUUCUAAUUUGACUAGCAACAUAGUACAGGAAGAUGAAACGAUAAAAGAAACUCAAAAGAUACAAACAACACCGACAACAAAAAUGCCAUUAAUAAAUAUCGAUCGAUACAAUAAAAAGGAAAAUAACAGCCUGCCACAACGCCAAGAAAGACAAUUUAUUCCUUUAAUCGAUUUUGCACAACCUGACAACUUCUUCUCACCAUCUUGGCCGAAUAAGAGUCAAAGUCCAACAUCAUCAACAGCGCAAACGAGUACAGAGUCAGAAAUAAUUUCGCAUAUCCAAAGAAUACCGCGAAUCAACAACACAAGGACACGAGCAAUGAUUUUCCCUUAUGCAUACGAAAGACAAAAGGAUCCACGAACGAGAUACAUCCCGUUGAUCCCCCAGGAAGACAUGGGAAAAACAAAGUUGUCCCUAGCCGAGAGAGAAUCAUAGAUCCUGAUACUAAGCGUCAGGCUAAUCAUCAAGACUCUGUCUAAUAUACUAAUUUAGUAGUGAGACUUAGGACUUCCAGGAUCUAAAUAUGGAUCUCGUUGUGAGACCAGCACGAAUAACAUCGUGCAUCCGUCUGUAAAUAUUGAACGUUUUGUAUUAAUGGCGAUGGUUUCACGAAUAAAGAAAACCUUUUCAGUUUCAAUAAAAA